CUGUCUGGUGUUGCCGGAAAUAUGGCGGCUCCUGUGUGAGGGGGACGGUGAGAGAGGGAGGCAUGGCGGCGGCGCCGGGAGGCCGCAGCGGGGACGUCAUACACCUCAAUGUUGGGGGGAAGAGGUUCAGCACUUCCAGACAGACCCUGACGUGGGUUUCAGACUCCUUCUUUUCCAGCCUCCUCAGUGGACGCAUUUCUUCCCUAAAAGAUGAAACUGGUGCGAUCUUUAUCGACAGAGACCCUACAGUGUUUGCUCCAAUACUGAACUUCUUACGAACCAAAGAGCUCGAUAGCAGAGGCGUAAACAGUUCCCUUCUCCUACACGAAGCAGAAUUUUAUGGAAUCACCCCACUAGUGAGACGCCUACAGCUGUGUGAGGACUUGGAACGCUCCUCAUGCGGGAGUGUACUAUUCAAUGGAUACCUCCCCCCUCCAGUCUUUCCGGCCAAGAGGAGGAAUCGGCACAGCGUUUCUGGACUGCAGGUCAGCUCUAGAAGUGCUGGGAAUGAGCGUGCACCUGUUCGGAGGAGCAACACUAUGCCCCCUAAUUUGGGAGGUGCUGGCAUUCUCGGACGCUUGUUAGAAGAGAGGAGCUACGGAAAUGGAGGGCCGACUGGUGACCCUGGCAUGGUUCGAAUUAUCUGUGGACAUCAUAACUGGAUUGCUGUGGCUUUUGCUCAGUUUAUAGUCUGUUACAGAAUGAAAGAGACGUCCGGAUGGCAGCUGAUUUUCACUAGCCCUUGUCUGGACUGGGUGAUUGAACGGGUGGCUCUUAAUGCCAAAACCAUUGGAGGGUCCCUGGGAGACAAUGAUAAAAUGCUCGCUGUCGCAUCCUGUAGUGAGAUUAUCUUGUGGGCGAUCAAUGGUGACGGCUCGGGAAGUGAAAUAGGGGUCUUUAGUCUUGGGGUUCCAGUGGAAGCCUUGUUUUUUGUGGGAAAUCAGCUAAUAGCCACCAGCCACACUGGCAAAAUAGGAGUGUGGAACGCCGUGACCAAACACUGGCAGAUCCAGGAUGUGGUACCCAUAAACAGCUAUGACACUGCUGGAUCCUUCCUUCUGCUUGGGUGCAAUAACGGGUCCAUCUACUAUGUAGAUGUGCAGAAGUUUCCAUUGCGGAUGAAGGACAAUGAUCUUCUUGUUACAGAGCUUUACCGUGAUCCCUCAGAGGACGCCAUCACUGCUCUCAGUGUCUAUCUCACACCAAAGACAAGUGAUAGUGGUAAUUGGAUUGAGAUUGCAUAUGGCACAAGUUCUGGAGUUGUCAGAGUUAUAGUUCAGCACCCGGAGACUGUUGGGUCUGGACCUCAGUUGUUCCAGACCUUUACUGUCCACCGUAGCCCACUCACUAAAAUCAUGCUGUCAGAACGACACCUCAUAUCAGUUUGUGCAGAUAAUAAUCAUGUGCGCACGUGGACUGUCACUCGCUUCCGUGGUAUGAUUUCCACCCAGCCUGGAUCCACACCUUUGGCGUCUUUCAAAAUCCUUUCUCUAGAAGAUAUUGAUGGGCAUGCAGGCUGCAGUGCGGGAAAUGACAUUGGCCCAUUCGGAGAACGAGAUGACCAGCAGGUGUUUAUUCAGCGCGUCGUUCCAGAUUCUAACAUUGUCUAUGUCCGUCUGUCUUCCACUGGAAAGAGGAUCUGCGAGGUGCGCUCUGUGGAUGGUAGCUCUAUUACUUCCUUCACCGUUCAUGAGUGUGAAGGAUCUAGCCGCAUAGGCUCCCGUCCACGACGCUACCUCUUCACUGGACAUGCAAGUGGUUGCCUCCAGAUGUGGGAUCUUACCACUGCUAUGGAGGUGGUGAAUAAGGGAGACACUAGAGCAGAGCAGGGUGGUCUUAGCCAGGAGGAGCUGCUGGAACAGCUGGAGCAGUGUGACCUGGCUCUGACUCGUACUCCUGAAAUGAGCCCCGCCUCAUCCUUCUCUCACACUGUGAACCCUCGUGCAUCAAUAUCCAGCUUGCAGUCCCAGCUGAGUGACGGCACACGUGAUCGAUUCUCCAGGCUCGUUAUGUCUUCUUCACUUCGUCUGCAGCCUGCAACUAAUCGCCCGUCCGAGGCUUGGGCCUCCCUCUGCAGUUUGCAGCCACACCUAUCAGGCAGCUUCAACUCAUUGCAUCGGUCAGACACACUGCCUCGUUCAAGCGCAAAACCCAGUAAAGCUCAGAUCAACCAGCUGAAAGUUGAUGCCCAAGGCUCUAACCCACCGUCUCCCCAUAUCAGUGGUAAUUUUGUGGAGCGUUGUCAAGAGCUUGCCCGUUUCACGGAGUCCCACCAGUCUGACUCCCGCCGAUCUAGCAUCGAUGUGACUGCCAACAGAGCCAAGCCAUCACGGAGCUCUGCGUCAUUGAGACGACCCGCCUCACCGGCCCCUCAGCAGCCACCGCCUCUUUGCAUUGCCCCAUCUCCUUCUUCUCAAUCCUCUGCAGCAGUAUUCGACAUUCCUACACCUUCGCCAUCACCUCCCAAACUCCCACCAAAGCCCAGAUUGAAUGAGACUUCCUUUUAACCAUUGCAGCGCUACUGAGAAGCCGCAGUGAAAGAGUGCCGUUCAAGUUGGCAAACGUUUACUCUUCUAGAGCAUAUUGAAAGUAUUAUGUAUAUUCAUUGCCGGCUGCUGAGCUCAGUAUUGACUGGGGAUUGCCUAUUCCACAUAUUCUCCUAUUUAUUAUGGAUCCAUAACCUGUUCAGUUUAUUUUACUUCACUCAUUUUACUAUAAUUUUCUAAAAGCAGAAGCAACAGCAAUAUGAAAUGAAGUCCCAAUUCACACCUUUGGAUUCUGCUGUGUGCCUUAUUACAACAGUGGUGUUACUCAAUGGUGCCUUUCCCGAGUGCGCUUCUGACUCUGGGCAUUGUACCAGCGUAACUGAUAAUACAGGGUCAAUGAAUAAUGUCAUAAUGUGCUUCUAACCAGGUAUAAUAGGAUAUGGACAACAUUUGAAGCAAUCACUGUGAACACAAACAGGGAAAUCGUUAUACUGUGCUCUGUCAUCUGUCGGCGUUGUCUAGCACAUAUUAUAUAUUGCUAUAUGUAACUAGUAUUCUAACCUAUCAUGUCUAUAGAUGGUCAUUGUUCAUGUCAUGCCACUAUCUCUGUAAACUUACCCUGUGGGAAGGAUUGUACUUUGGAAAUGGGGCGUUUUGGGUUUACCGAGCAAUACCUCUGUUGUUUGCCCUCCAGAAAUUUAGUUUGCAUAUAUAGUGCAGCGUAGACGGUUAUUAAAGAAUAACACAGAGGCUCUUGUUUUCACCUUGUGUAUACAUGUUUAAAGGGGUUCUCCGGGCCAUAGGUAUUAAUGACCUGUCCUCAGGAUAGGUCAUCCAUAUCUGAUCGGUGGGUUCUCUGCCGUUCAGCUGUUUCAGGCAGCUGCCAGGGCCGGAAACUAUACAGUGUAUGGAGCUAGAAGCAGGUAACUCUGUGCAUUUUGUAGUGGCCGCCCCGGGGGACGGCAGCUCAACUCUCAUUUAAGUGAAUGGGGGCUGAACUGCAGUACU